UUCAGAGAGCAGAAAGAAGAGAUCGGACUUGAGAAGAUGAGUGAUGUGGAGGAGGAGAAGGACGGAGCAGAGUCUGGAGUAUUCGGCUCUGAGUCUGUGAAGGCUGAGCGCUCCAAAGAUCCUCCUCCAGACUUCAGUGAUGGACCUGGACCCGAGUCUGGAGUAUUCGGCUCUGAGUCUGUGAAGACUGAGCGCUCCAAAGAUCCUCCUCCAGACUUCAGUGAUGGACCUGGACCCUCAGACACAAAAGAGGAGGAGGAGAAGAAGAGGAGGCUUGUUUGUGAGGAGGAGCAGCCGUCCUGCUGUGCUUCCUGUCAGGACGUCCUGAAGGAUCCCGUCUCUACCAGCUGUGGACACUGGUUCUGCAGACGGUGCAUCAGCUCAUACUGGGACCAGUCUGCUUCACCAGGAGACUCCUCCUGUCCCCAGUGUGGACAAAGACCCAGAACCAGGGACGUUGGUCUGCAGGAGGUUUUAGAUGAAUAUAAGAUCAGUCUGAGGAGGAGAUGUGAACGUGUGACUGAAGGAAGUGAUGCAACAGGAAGUGGAACCCUCCUCAACACGAUCUACACUGAGCUCUACAUCACAGAGGGACAGAGUGAAGAGGUUAAUACCCAACAUGAGGUGAGGCAGCUGGAGACAGCUUCCAAGAAGAAGACCGUCCACGACGCUCCAAUCAGGUGCCAGGACAUCUUUAAAGCCUUACCUGACCAACAGGGACCCAUCAGAGUGGUUCUGACGAACGGCGUCGCUGGCGUUGGAAAAACCUUCUCGGUGCAGAAGUUCAGUCUGGACUGGGCAGAGGGUUUGGAGAACCAAGAUGUCAAUGUGGUGGUUCUGCUUUCGUUCAGGGAGCUGAACUUGAUCAGAGAUGAGCAGUACAGUCUUCUGGAGCUGCUCCAUGUUUUCCAUCCAACAUUACAGAAGGUCCCAGCAGAGAAGCUCGCCGUCUCUAAACUUCUGUUCAUCUUUGACGGCCUGGAUGAAAGCAGACUUUCUCUGGAUUUCACCAACAUGGAGGUUGUGUCUGAUGUCACACAGAAGUCAUCGGUCAACGUGCUGCUGACAAACCUCAUCGAGGGGAAUCUGCUUCCCUCGGCUCUCGUCUGGAUAACUUCCCGACCCGCGGCGGCCAAUCAGAUCCCUCCUGCGUGUGUCGACAGGGUGACAGAAGUACGAGGCUUCACUGACGCCCAGAAGGAGGAGUACUUCAGGAGGAGGGUCAGUGAUGAAGAGCGCUCCAGCACAAUCAUCUCACACAUCCAGACAUCCAGGAGCCUCCACAUCAUGUGUCUGAUCCCAGUCUUCUGCUGGAUCACUGCUACAGUUCUGGACCACAUGUUGACUACAGAGCAGAGAGGAGAGCUGCCCAAGACCCUGACUGACCUGUACUCACACUUCUUGCUGGUUCAGACCAAGAAGAAGAAACAGAAGUAUGAUGAGGGACAUGAGACGAGUCCACAGGAGCUGAUGGAGGCUGACAGAGAAGUUCUUCUGAAGCUGGGGAGGCUGGCGUUUGAACAGCUGCAGGAAGGAAACAUCAUGUUCUACCAAGAAGACCUGGAGCGCUGUGGUCUCCAUGUCACAGAGGCCUCGGUGUACUCAGGAGUUUGUACAGAGAUCUUCAGAAGAGAGAGUGUGAUCUUCCAGAAAACAGUCUACUGCUUCGUUCAUCUGAGCGUUCAGGAGUUUCUGGCUGCAGUCUACAUGUUCCACUGUUACACCACCAGGAACACAGAGGUACUGGAGGCUUUUCUGGGGACAGACUGGAAAUACUGGGGGUUAUCUCUGGAUGACUGUGAGAAAAAAAAGAGUGAUGACUUCCUGAGGAAAAGGAAAAAAGAAGAAAAAGCAUAUAAAAGGGAUUUCCAGAGGAAAAGAGCAGAAGAAGAUGAAGAUGAUGAAGAAGAAGAAGAUGAUGAUGAUGAUGAUGAAGAAGAUGAUGAUGAUGAUGAUUACCCAUCUCUGGAUGUCUUCCUCAGUGCAGCCAUGGAGAAAUCCCUUGAAAGUGAAAAUGGCCACCUGGACCUGUUUGUCCGCUUCCUUCAUGGCCUCUCUCUGGAGUCCAACCAGAGACUGUUAGGAGGCCUGCUGGGUCAGACAGACAACAGUCCAGAAGUCAUCCAGAGAGCCAUCAACCACCUGAAGGAGAUGAACACUGAUUGGAUCUCUCCUGACAGAAGCAUCAACAUCUUCCACUGUCUGACGGAGAUGAACGACCUCUCAGUCCAUCAGGAGAUCCAAGAGUUCCUGAAGUCAGAGAACAGAUCAGAGAAGAAACUCUCUUUGAUCCACUGCUCAGCUCUGGCCUACAUGCUGCAGAUGUCAGAGGAGGUUCUGGAUGAGUUGAACCUGGACAAGUACAACACAUCACUGGAGGGACGACGGAGACUGAUUCCAGCUGUGAGGAACUGCAGAAAGUUUGUACUUUCUAACUGUUGGCUCUCAGAGACUCAAUGUGAAGUCGUGGUCUCAGCUCUGAAGUCCAACCCCUCCCAUCUGAGAGAGCUGGACCUGAGCAAAAUCAACCUGCAGGAUUCAGGAGUGAAGCGGCUCUGUGCUGGACUGGAGAGUCCAAACUGCAGACUGGAGACUCUGAGACUUUCUGACUGUCGGCUCUCAGAGACUGACUGUGAAGUCAUAGCCUCAGCUCUGAAGUCCAACCCCUCCCAUCUGAGAGAGCUGGACCUGAGCAACAACAACCUGGAGGAUUCAGGAGUGAAGCGGCUCUGUGCUGGACUGGAGAGUCCAAACUGCAGACUGGAGACUCUGAGACUUUCUGGCUGUAACCUCUCAGAGACUGAAUGUGAAAUCAUAGCCUCAGCUCUGAAGUCCAACCCCUCCCAUCUGACAGAGCUGAACCUGGGCUGGAACAACCUGCAGGAUUCAGGAGUGAAGCGGCUCUGUGCUGGACUGGAGAGUCCAAACUGCAGACUGGAGACUCUGAGACUUUCUUACUGUCGGCUCUCAGAGACUGACUGUGAAGUCAUAGCCUCAGCUCUGAAGUCCAACCCCUCCCAUCUGACAGAGCUGAACCUGAGCAACAACUACCUGCAGGAUUCAGGAGUGAAGCGGCUCUGUGCUGGACUGGAGAGUCCAAACUGCAGACUGGAGACUCUGAGACUUUCUGACUGUCGGCUCUCAGAGACUCACUGUGAAGUCAUAGCCUCAGCUCUGAAGUUCAACCCCUCCCAUCUGACAGAGCUGGAGCUCAGCAACAACUACCUGCUGGACUCAGGAGUGAAGCGGCUCUGUGCUGGACUGGAGAGUCCAAACUGCAGACUGGAGACUCUGAGAUUGGAGGGCUGCUGGUUGUCAGAGAUCAGCUGUGCUUCUCUGGCCUCAGCUCUGAAGUCCAACCCCUCCCAUCUGAGAGAGCUGGACCUGAGAGACAACAGGCUGCAGUAUUCAGGAGUGAAGCUGCUGUGUGAUCUUCUGCAGAGUCCAAACUACAGACUGGAGACUCUGAGGGUGGAUGACGGAGUAUUCAGGGCUCCACCUGACAGAUAUGAAGGACAUCUGUCCACGUCCAACCCAACCCUGGAUGAGUCUGAGGACAGCAGGAAGGAGAGUGUGGAUGAAGAGGAUCCGCUGUGUCCUGAUGAUCCAGAGAAGUCCAAGCAGCACCUGGUGUGUGGAGAGGCUCUCAAUGCAAACGAAAAGUUCAGUUUCACACCUGAACUGCUGACUGAGUCUGGAAAGACUUCAUACAGGUUCAGGUGUCCCGGUCCAGGUGUGUUCCAGUGUGCUUUGACUGGACUGGUGUUUGUUUUGGCUCAGGAGGCGGAGCUUCAGUACAACACUGUCAUAUGGGACGAGAGCCUCGUCCAAUCAGCUGGCAGGACGGCUGCAGGGCCGCUGUUCAGAAUCGAGAGUUCAGAUGAUGCUGCUGUCUGUCAGCUCCACCUGCCACACUGUGAAACAGAGGAAGCGUUGCGUGUUGACGGCCUGUUGUCUGUCGUCCACAUCACUGAUGAUGGAAUGAGCUUCUUGGAGCCGCUGGAGGUCUCAGACACUCAUGUGAUGGUGAAGGUUCCUCACCUCUCUGCCUUUGGUCUGGUCUGGGAUUUAGUUAGAAGGUUCCUGAACAUCUCACUGCCAAUAGAGGGUCAAGUCCUGCUGUUCCUCCGACCUCUGAACUCAGAGUACCGAGUACUGGAUGUGUUACUGCUGCCUGACAACGUCCUGGUAGAUGAGGUUCAAAAGAAACAGCGAGGCUCUGAGCAUGUCAGACUCUCUUCCGACUGUCUUCUCAGCUUUGGUCAAAGUUACAGUGUCCACUGUGAACCUGAGGGCCUCGAGAUACAACCUGAGAGUGCAAGAUUUCGCUUGAAGUAUGGACCAAAUUACCAUCCAACAUUUGAAGUUUUCCUGGAUACAAUCCCAGAGACAAUGACUUUGAUUGUUCAGGACCAAGAGAGGAGAGAAGUCUGGAAACGUAAUGUUCGUCUGACAGGUGCAAGAAGCAAUCUCCAAGCACAGGACAGCGUCCCAACAGAGGACAGCGUCCCAACAGAGGACAGCGUCCCAGCAGAGGACAGCGUCCCAGCAGAGGACAGCGUCCCAGCAGAGGACAGCGUCCCAGCAGAGGACGCUGACCCACCAGAAGAGAAGCUGUUGUUGGUUCGGACAGAGUUUGUAAAAAGAGUCUCUGAUCCUGUUCUGAACCAGCUUCUGGAUAAACUCCUGGAGCUUCACGUUAUAAAUGAUGAAGAAAUGCAGUCACUCAGAGCGAAAGGCCGAGCAGACAGAGCACGAGACGUGAUGGACACGGUGAGAAGAAAAGGAAGAGCAGCCAGCUCAGUCCUGAUGGAGGCUCUCUGGGAGCUGGAUCCACACCUUUCCACAGUGCUGAGGCUCAGAUGAAACAAGAAGCUGAAGUGUGACGAUCCAAACUGAUGUCAGAGUGUUGUUCUCUGUUUCAGCCACUAGAUGGAGGCAGAACGUCUCUGCAGCAGAUUUCUGAGUGACCAUUGGACGCCUGAUAUGCACAUUUUAGAUUUUUACAGCUUCUCAGGAACUCUGGCUCAGGGCAAUGUUGUUUGUUUAUUUUGUUUUUGCAUCUUUAUUUCUUUUUGUGGUGACAAAAAUCUUAAGGGGAAAGUAAACUGUCUCUAGCACUUAUUGAUGCACUAAUGGCUCUAACUGCACUAUGCCUUGAUUGUUUGCUUUUUUCUUCCUGUAAGUCGCUUCGGAUAAAAGCGUCUGCUAAAUGACUAAACUUAAGUCAAAGGAUCAGAAAGUGAAUGUGAUGUAAAUAAUGUAACAUAAUCAGAGAGUCGGUCCAUCUGCUGCAUUGGUCUCUUUCUAUCUGCAGACAGAAAGGAGCUUCUUGGUUGAUGCAUACUCAAAGACUAAUCCAAGUACUUGUAGGUUUAGGAGCCAUGUUUGGUAAUAAUUGUCCCCUAACAUUAGCAUCAUGUUAGAACAUAUAUACCAGGGCUGAGGGACGCAGCUGCUGCAACACGUUCAGUCUUCAGAUGUGGACUUGAGAAGGCAGAACCUGAAAACCUUUCCCCUUUAAUUAAAGUCUCGUCAGCUGGGAACUUUAGUGCCAAAAGAGAGUUUCACUCGGUUUCUUUCUGAGCUGGAAACUCUUCUCUCAGGUGUCAAUCUGGUGAAAUAAUUUCAGCCAGUGAGGCGAAUCAGGGUUUCAAACCAGGGUCGCACAUUCCUGCACAAACUGUCCAGCUGUUCCACUCCAACAACUGGUUGUUUUACACGUUUUUCACGUUUCCAUUUUAUAUUCUUGUUUUUUUUUACUGUUAUGUUCCAAAUCAACAAGACAAAUUCUUUGUAUGUUACAAACCGACUUAAACUGCAA